AUGGCUGCUCGCGGCAAUGUCCCUGCCCAUCUACAGGCGUCCUUGCCUGCCCUCCCACCCCAUUUACAAUCCGACACUCAUUUGACCGCACAUCUGGCUAGUCGAUUCCACGUUUCACUGCCGACGGCAAAGUUAUCCUCGCAGGCUCUAAUCUGUCUCAACACAUACACUUCGUCAACCCGGGGGCCCAAUGGCGAAAAGGAGGGAAGCGCAAUGGGCGAGGCGGAGGAGCUUGCUCGCAGAGCGUGGGCGAGACUGGGAAGCAGAGGCGAAGAUCAAGCAGUCGUUUUCUUUGGCGAGUCAGGGUCUGGCAAGACGACGGUCAGAUCACAUCUCCUUUCAGCCUUUCUCUCGUUUUCCUCGACACCGCUCUCUUCCAAACUAUCUCUCGCCGCCUUUGUUUUCGAUACUUUGACCACGACCAAAACGACCACCACUCAGACGGCCUCCAAGGCCGGCCUGUUCUACGAGUUACAAUAUGACGCUUCUUCUUCGAUACCCACCCUCAUCGGAGGCAAAAUGUUGGACCAUCGCCUGGAAAGGAGUCGCAUAUCACACGUUCCGACCGGUGAGAGGAGCUUCCAUGUGCUGUACUAUCUCUUGGCGGGGACAAGUGCGGCCGAGAAGUCACAUCUCGGCCUCAAUGGACAAACGAACAUCAGUACUUCCGGCACGGGCGGCCUCACACGAUCUGCUUCCGUGGCUCAGAAGCGAUGGAGGUAUUUAGGCCAUCCGACGCAGAUGAAAGUGGGCAUCAAUGACGCCGAAGGCUUUCAGCACUUCAAGACGGCUCUGCGAAAACUCGAAUUUCCCAGGACGGAAAUUGCCGAGAUCUGUCAGGUGCUUGCCGCCAUUCUGCACAUUGGCCAGCUUGAAUUCGGCACAGGCCAAGCUACAAUGACCGCGGCGGAAGAAAGUGGUGGUUUCUCGCACGAAGGUGGCGAGACUGUGACCGUGGUCAAGAACACCGACACACUCGCUUUGGUUGCUGCGUUUCUCGGUCUCGGCGUGAAGGAUCUCGAGGAGAGCAUGAGAUAUAAGACAAGAACAAUCCACCGUGAGCGUGUUACCGUGAUGCUCGAUGCCAAGGGCGCAAGAGAAAACGCGGAUGAACUCGCAACAACGCUAUACUCUCUUCUCGUUGCAUACAUUAUUGAAAGCAUCAACCAAAGGAUGUGCGCGGCAGAAGACGCAGUGGCCAACACAGUCUCAAUCGUCGACUUCCCCGGAUUUGCAGACCACUCAUCUACCGGCUCGGUACUGGAUCAACUACUAAACAACGCAGCCAAUGAGUCGCUUUACAAUACUUGCCUGCACGGAUUUUUUGAGAAGACGGCUGAGAUGCUCGACAGUGAAGAGGUCAGCGUGCCAGCCACACGAUACUUUGACAACUCGGACGCCGUCCGUGGCCUUCUCAAGCAUGGCAAUGGCUUGCUCGCCAUUCUUGAUGAUCAAACCCGUCGUGGCCGCACAGACACUCAAUUCCUGGAGAGCUUGCGAAAACGGUUCCAGGAUAGAAACAAGGCCAUCACGGUUAGCAGUGCAUCUACGACCUUGCCAGGCAGCAACUUUGCCACCACGAACCUUGCGGCUUCGUUCACUGUUCGCCAUUAUGCUGGUGAAGUCGACUAUCCUGUCAACAGAUUGGUCGAGGAGAACGGCGAUGUUGUCUCUGGAGAUCUGAUGAAUAUGAUCAGAGCCACCAAGAGUGAUUUUGUCGCGAGCUUGUUCGGUCAAGAAGCCCUCAACACGGUCAGCCACCCGGCCGAGAAGACGGCUAUCGUUCAAGCCCAGGUCAGCUCGAAGCCUUUGCGUAUGCCUAGCUUGUCUCGGAAGAAGCAUGAUCAGUUGCGCCGAAUGGGAAGUCGAAGAGCCGACCGUUCUCCUGCACCCCAGGAAGAGGGCGACUCGGCCAGCGCCCACGAAGAAGGCAGAACCCGUCGAACCAAGCCUUCUGCUACUGGUUUGUCUCAGGGUGCGGCAGCGCAGUUCCUCUCUUCGUUGGACAAUAUCACGAAAUCUUUGACUGCACCCAACGUCAACAACUACUUUAUAUUUUGCUUGAAGCCUAAUGACAGGCGCAUCGCCAAUCAGUUUGACAGCAAGUGUGUCCGGCAGCAAGUCCAGACGUUUGGUAUAGCCGAAAUCAGCCAGAGACUCCGCACAGCCGACUUCAACAUAUUCCUACCGUUCGGGGAGUUUUUGGGUCUGACCGAGGCCGACCCUGGCAUUGUUGGAAGUGAUCGCGAGAAGGCUCAGCUCGUUCUGGACAGCAAGCAGUGGCCCGCGAAUGAAGCAAGAAUUGGCAACACCGGCGUAUUCCUUAGUGAACGCUGCUGGGCAAGCAUUGCUCUCACCGGUUCCCAGAGCGCGGCUUACUUCGGAGGCGAUGUUCCCACACUUUCCCGACCCGAUACCCCGAGCAUGAAUCCUUUCAGUGAUUCCAAAGCCCGGCUGGUUCCUUCUCAAGAUGGGACACCCAACAUCUACGGUGACGAGACCAAAGGAGGCGGCUACUUUGGCAACAGAGAACUCGACACCAAAUCCGAGGCGGGCGCCUCUGCAUUCAACUCGGGCGACAUGUUCCGCAACCUUGAAACCAAGGAAGAACUUGCCGAGAAGGGCAACAGGAAGAAGAUGGAAGAGGUCGAUGUAGUGCCUGUGUCCUCAUCACGGAAGAGAUGGCUCGCAAUCGUCUACUUCCUCACCUGGUACCUUCCGGACUUCGCCAUCAAGUGGGGAGGCGGUAUGAAGCGCAAGGAUGUACGCAUUGCUUGGAGGGAAAAGUUUGCCAUCAACAUCAUGAUCUGGCUCAGCUGUCUCUUCGUGGCAUUCUUCAUCGUCAUCUUCCCCCAACUCAUCUGUCCAAAACAGAAUGUCUAUUCUGCAGCCGAAUUGUCAUCGCAUGACGGCAAGGAUCAUAACACUGCCUAUACUGCAAUCCGGGGAGUAGUGUUUGAUCUAGGGGCCUAUGCGCCAAGUCACUAUCCUAGUAUCAUUCCGCAAACUUCGAUUGAGAAGUACGCUGGCCUGGAUGCAACCGGCCUCUUCCCAGUGCAGGUGUCGGCGCUUUGCCAAGGGAAAGAUGGACGCGUUGACCCUACGGUCCAGCUGGACUACACAACAACCAACGUUACGGGGUCUGCUACCGUCAUCAGUACCACCGACCCCAACCGUCGUUACCACGAUUUCCGGACCUUUACAAACGAUUCUCGCCCUGAUUGGUUCUAUGAACAAAUGAUCUUCUUGAAAGGCAACUACAAGAAGGGCAUGAUUGGGUACACCCCUAAAUACGUGCAUUCCCUGGCCAAAAAAUCGCGUGCCAUCGCAAGUAUGAACGGCCGUGUAUACGACUUCACAACGUACAACCAGGGCGGACGCACGGUCAGAGCGCCUCCAGGUGAAGAGGUGCCUUCAGGAGUCGACACCAAUUUCAUGGACGAUAGUGUGGUGGACCUAUUCACACAACGGGCAGGUCAGGACGUCACCAAGUACUGGGACGCGCUCGACAUCGACCCGGCGUUGAAAGCUCGCAUGCAUCUUUGUCUGGAAAACCUGUUCUUCGUGGGAGUUACCGACACUCGAAACUCGGCACAAUGUCUCUUCGCUCAGUACAUCCUCCUGGCGAUUUCGAUCCUGCUGUGUACCGUCAUCGGCUUCAAGUUCUUCGCGGCUCUUCAAUUUGGAGGGAAGAACGUGCCUGAAAACUUGGACAAGUUCGUCAUCUGCCAAGUUCCUGCCUACACCGAAGACGAAGAGUCUCUACGUCGAGCUAUCGACUCCGCAGCCCGAAUGCGGUACGACGACAAACGCAAAUUGCUCAUUGUGGUCUGCGAUGGCAUGAUUAUCGGACAAGGAAAUGACCGACCGACUCCCCGGAUUGUGCUCGACAUUUUGGGCGUGGCGGAAACCGUUGAUCCUGAGCCAUUGAGCUUCGAGUCGCUUGGUGAAGGCAUGAAGCAACACAACAUGGGCAAGGUGUACUCCGGUCUCUACGAAGUGCAGGGGCACAUCGUUCCCUUCAUGGUGGUGGUUAAGAUUGGCAAACCGUCCGAAGUCUCGAGGCCGGGCAACAGAGGGAAACGUGACUCUCAGAUGGUCAUCAUGCGCUUCCUGAACCGCGUCCACUACAAUUUGCCUAUGAGCCCUCUGGAACUCGAAAUGCAUCACCAGAUCAGGAACAUUAUCGGAGUCAACCCGACCUUCUAUGAAUUCAUGUUGCAGAUCGACGCGGACACGGUUGUUGCGCCCGACUCGGCUACGCGCAUGGUCUCGGCGUUCCUGCGCGACACACGGCUGAUUGCUGUGUGCGGAGAGACUUCGUUGUCGAACGCCAAGUCGUCCUUCAUCACCAUGAUGCAGGUGUACGAGUACUACAUCUCUCACAAUUUGACAAAGGCCUUUGAGUCCCUCUUUGGCUCCGUCACGUGUCUGCCCGGUUGUUUCACCAUGUAUCGAAUCCGAGCUGCCGAGACCGGGAAGCCGCUCUUCGUGAGCAAAGACAUCAUCCAGGACUAUUCGGAGAUCCGUGUUGACACGUUGCACAUGAAGAACUUGUUGCACCUGGGUGAAGACAGAUACCUCACGACGCUGCUUCUCAAGUAUCACUCCAAGUACAAGACGAAGUACAUCUUCCACGCGCACGCCUGGACCAUUGCGCCAGACAGCUGGACGGUGUUCAUGUCUCAGCGACGCCGGUGGAUCAACAGUACCGUGCACAACUUGGUCGAGCUGUUGCCUCUUCAACAGCUUUGCGGGUUCUGCUGUUUCAGCAUGCGGUUCGUCGUCUUCCUGGACCUGCUGUCGACGGUGAUCGCCCCGGUAACCGUGGCCUACAUUGUUUACUUGAUUGUGUUGCUCUCCAUCUCGAGCGAUGUCAUACCUCUGACCGCCUUCAUUCUGCUGGGCGCGAUCUACGGUUUGCAGGCCAUCAUUUUUAUUCUUAGGCGCAAGUGGGAAAUGAUUGGUUGGAUGAUUGUGUAUAUUCUGGCCAUGCCCGUCUUCUCCCUAGGCCUGCCGCUCUACGCAUUCUGGCACAUGGAUGAUUUCAGCUGGGGCAACACCCGUCUGGUGACCGGUGAGAAGGGCAGGCAGAUCUUGAUCUCGGACGAGGGCAAGUUCGAUCCUGACUCGAUCCCGAAGAAGAAGUGGGAAGAGUACCAAGCCGAACUUUGGGACGCGCAGACGCAACGGGACGACGCGACGGAAGUGUCAGGAUACAGCUAUGGCACCAAGUCAUAUCACCCUACGGCUUCGGUCUACGGAGGUGCCCCUGCGGGCUACUAUGAGAGCACCGCACAUCUCAUGGCGCCUUCACGAUCUGUCUCGCAGCUCGACGUGAAUCCACCAAUGUAUGACCGAGGCUAUGCCCAGUCGAGGAUGUCGCUGGCGCCUUCUGAGAUGUUGGGAGGCGGCAUGAUGGUGGGUGGUCAGUCUGUGGCCGACAUGGACAUGUCGGACUUGACUGGACUGCCCACUGACGACAUGAUCUUGAACGAGAUCCGCGACAUCCUGAAGACGGCAGAUUUAAUGACCGUGACGAAGAAAGGUAUCAAACAGGAGCUAGAGCGACGGUUCAACGUCAACCUAGACGUGAAGAGGGCGUACAUUGGAAGUGGUAAGUUGUCCCGCCCGGUCGAAUCUUAG